GGCGCCGAAAGAAUUGAAAUUCUUCAUCCACUACGAGAUUUAUAGGAGCAAAAUUAAGGCAAAUUGCAUCUAAAUUUGGAAUAACAUUCAGAGUUCUUUACUGUUUGCAAGGGUCCAAUGUCACCAAGUGUAGUUUGUUCCUUCUUGCUAGAUGGGGCUGCUCUUCGGCGGCCCCAUCAAGUUUCCAGAAUGACAUCUGGCUAGGUCGGGGUAUCACACAGCAUCCUACUUUGGAGCUACCAGAAGGCUAUUAUGAGAUAGAUUUCAUAGAUUGGAGCUGUGACAAGAGCCCCACAUUCGUAAUAACGUGAGAAUAUUCGUCACAUGGACACCACCCUUCACUGAGAGCGAACUGAGCGAGAUCCCACAGCUUCACAAUGGAAAUUCGCUGUACAGGAUUAUUCAUUGCGAGGUUGGCGAGCAAAGAUGCAUCGCUGUAGGAAAUAUAGACCAGUGGCUGUAUGCGUCACAGCCUGCUUAAUCAUCUUCACGGUGCAUUUCAUGGUGUACUACCUCAUAGUCUAUGAAGAGCCAAUUGACCUGACAUUUGAUGAUGAUCCUUUUAACUGGGAAUGUGGACCGAACGCCAAAUUACUGAAAACUGUCGAAUAUAUGGAGUGCAUCAAUCAGAAUCCCAUCUUUUUUGUGGAGACCUCUGACAGCCCCCGUCUCACUGCUCGGGUGUCUUGCGCAGUUGAAUCAGCAGCUAUACAUCAUCCUGACCGCCAGGUGAGGAUCCUUUUUCUAUCCCCAGAACCCCUGGACUUUACCGAUCCCUUCACUGAAUCUCUCACUCACCUGGACAACGUACGUCUGCUGAGAGUUGAUCUCGCCGUUCUAUUCCGGGGCACGCCGCUCUUGCACUGGUACAAGAAAGGAAAAUGGAAGAAGAGUCCCUACAGGAUUUCCCACACAAGCGAUGCCAUGCGCUUGUUUCUCGUGUGGAAGUAUGGUGGCAUGUAUCUGGAUUCUGACAUUGUGGUGCUACGUUCACUUUCGCACCUUCACAACACCACCACUACGGACAACGGAAAAAACCUCGGUUUCGCUCUGAUCGCCUUUGAUCCGGACCACCCCCUUUUCCGAGAUUCCAUCAAGGACUUCUCAGCCAACUAUGCUCCCUAUGAGUUCGCAGCCAACGGACCUCAGCUCUUCAAUCGAAACUUUAAAAAGCACUGCCACGUGGAGAUUGUAGACGAAUUGUAUAUUGGAGGACAAAACGAUUGUGACGUGGACGUUCUUCCUCAGGAAGCAGCGUAUCCGAUUUCUUACAAAACGUGGGAAGAAUACUUCAAACCACAGGCAGUCCACAACGAGACAGCAUUCGAAUCCAGCCUCAUAAUACACGUGUGGAACAUGCUCAGCAGUGGGGGAAGACUGGUGGUCGGUCAGAACAGCUUGUACGAGAUGGCGAUGAAGGAACAUUGCCCCAAAGUGUACGAGAAUGUUGCCAAACUUGGUUACGCCUAGGAUCUGUGCCAAUCGCGCUUUUGUAAAUAUGUAUUGUAAUAAAGCAACAACUUUUUUUUAAA